AUGCUCGAGGAACUCGCUCCCAAUGGCGAAGGGGACUACAUUCUCGACAAGAUCAACAACAUGACCGAGGAGGAAGCGCUUGCCAUCGUCAGCGAAUCGCACAAGUUCUUCGCCGACGACUGGAACUUCCCGACCGAAAUGCGCUCGCGGAUGGGCCGCCUUCUCGAGGGCCGCAAGGCGUACGGUGAAUUCUAUGACCGCGACCUCCGCAUCGAUGCCGUCAUGCUGCGCUACUCGAGUCCGUACCCCGGUGUAAGAGCCGUUGCCGAUCCUGUUGACGAUCAGAAUGUCCCUAUCGAAACGAUACGGGCGUACUUUUUGGGCAUUUCUUGGGCCAUCAUCGGCACGUUCAUGAGCACCUUUUUCAACAGCCGUUUUCCCUCCAUUGGCCUCAGUGGCUCUGUGAUCCAGAUCCUGCUCUUUCCCUGCGCCAAAUUCCUGGAAUGGGCACUACCUGACUGGGGAAUUACGGUCUGGGGCGUCCGUCACUCGUUGAAUCCUGGGCCAUGGACGUUCAAAGAGCAAAUGCUGAGUACAAUCACAUUUAACAUUGCCAUAUACACGACGAACAGCUAUGGCAUGAUCUUGGUUCAGCGUUUGGAUCUCUUCUACGGCCUCGACUUUGUCACGUUUGGGUACCAGCUCAUGUUGACUCUCUUUGUCCAGCUCAUGGGAAUGGGCUUCGCUGGGUAUCUCCGUCGCUUCAGCGUGUAUCCGGUCAAGGCGCUGUGGCCCACGGUCCUGCCUCUCAUCGCCAUGAACCGAGCUCUCACGAAACCCGAGCCCAAGGAGAACAUCAAUGGCUGGACCAUCUCGCGUUACCGCUUCUUCUACAUUACAUGCCUCUCAAUGGCCAUUUACUACUGGCUUCCCGGCUACCUUUUCACCGCAUUGGCGACAUUCAACUGGAUGACUUGGAUCGCACCCGAGAACUUCACCUUGGCCAUCCUCACCGGCUCCAACCUGGGACUGGGCUUAUUCAACCCCAUCACCACCUUUGACUGGAACAUUGCGACAAGCUCAUACGCUGCUCUGGCACAGCCCUUCUUUGCCACGUGCACCAUGUGGAUCAGUGCCAUCUUUGGGGGGUGUAUCAUCCUGGCCAUCUUCUACACCAACAUGAAUUACACGGCCUAUCUCCCGAUCAACAGCUCGUCGGCCUUCGCCAACGACGGCAAACCUUACAGGGUGCAAAACGUCGUCGUCAACAACAAGCUCGACGAAAAGCUGUACCAGGAGUACUCGCCCCCCUUUUACUCAGCCGGGUACAUCCUGACCGUGGGCGCCAACUUUGCCUUCUACCCCGUCUACUUCCUGUACAUCAUGGGCAACCAGUGGACGACCAUGAAACAAGCCUACAUAGAUUUCUACCAAGGGCUGCGGCACGGCAAAGGCAACUACGAGGGCGCAAUGGACGUGCACAGCCGGCUCAUGUCCAAAUACCCCGAGGUCCCCGACUGGUGGUUUCUGCUCAUCCUGUUAGGCGCCGUCAUCGUCUCGGUCAUCUUCCUCAACAUCUACCCGCUCGACACGCCUGUCUGGCUCGUCUUCCUCAUGAUCGGCAUCAACAUUGUCUUCGCCGUGCCACUGUCCUUCCUGUCGGCCACGACGGGCACCAACCUCGGUCUCGGCGCGCUCAUCCAGGUGAUUACGGGGUACCUGCUGCCGGGGAACCCCAACGCCUUCCUGUUUUCCCAGACCCUGGGUUCGUGGGCGCUGGCGGGCUACGGGGACAAUUAUGUUCAGGACCAGAAGAUGGCGCAUUACGUCAAGAUCCCCCCCCGUGCAGUGUUCCGCUCCCAGAUUGGUACCAUCAUCAUCACCUGUUUUGUGGCCGUCGCCACGCAGAAUUUUAUCCUUGAGAAUGUCAAGGGCUUGUGCACGCCCGACCAGCCCAGCCGGUUCACGUGUGCUAAUGAUGGGCAUCCGCUGUACGCCAGUUCCCUGAUGUGGGGGCUGCUCGGGUCCGAGAGGAUGUUCAACUCGCUGUAUCCGCUGUUCAAGUGGUGUUUUUUGAUGGGCGUGGCCAUCUCGAUCGUGUUUCUUGUCGGUCAAGGGCUCGGCCCGAGGCAUCUCCCCGGAGUCAAGGAGAGGUUGCGGCUCCGUCUCAGCCCGAGGACGUUUGCCCUCCUGGACAGGACGCUGUUUCCCUUUGUGGCCUCGCUGCUCUGGCUGAAUCCGAUUCUAAUCAUCCAGGGCAUCCAGCACUGGGCGCCGUCGAAUUUGUCGUACAAGACACCGGGGUUUAUCCUGAGUUACAUUUUCAUGUACUGGAUGCCCAGGCACCGUCUGGCGUGGUGGGAGAAGUAUAAUUAUGUGCUCUCUGCGGCAUUGACGGCCGGUGUGGCCAUCAGCGGGUUGAUCCAGUUCUUUGCGAUUGGGUACAACCCCGUCAAGCUUUCCUGGUGGGGGAACACGGUGAGCAGCGCAGGGAUCGAUGGGAAACAAGUUGGACUGCUGCCCAUACCGGAACGAGGAUAUUUCGGUCCAGUAAAGGGGAGUUUUCCAUAACAGACUCCGAGUCGCUUAACUCAAGGCCAAUACGGCUGAGCUCGAGCUCAUCGUGCCACUGUUGGAGUGUUGCUGGGGUCUUGUGUGAGAAGCCAUGCGCGAGCCCAAGAACACGAAAGAUGAACCAGAAAUCCACGAUGACUCAAAGUAUCUUGGAAACUGAGAGUUGCGGGCAAAGAGUUGCCCACGCGGCCACGCCGGAGAUAGGCAAUGUUGUCGACUCAAAAAACAAGCAGAUAAGAUUUUAAGUUGCGAACCCUGCAAAACCAUUCAGGUUCAACAAAGCGUCCGGGUUUAGGGUCUACCGAAGGAAGACCCACAGGUCAAGAGUCUAACCCAACUUGGAACUGCCCACCCUUCAAGUUCCUUUGCUUUUCCCGUUUCUCACGCGACCAUAAUUUACAACAGUG